AGCGACUGUCACUUCUGUCAUGGGCGUCAUGAGGUGGCUUGUCCUGGCAGCUCUGAGCGUGGGAAUCGCCGCAGCGAUUCCCACUAAUCACAUUCCCGACGAUUCCUACGAGAACUUGGAACUGCACUUCGGCCUCGAGUUGGCCCUGGCGGCGAAUCCUGGAGUUGUUCCUCAAGCGCCGUCCCCUCCUCGGCCCGGUCCUGCGCUGCGCCAAGAGUCCCUCGGGGAGUCCUUCGGGGAGUCCUUCGGGGAGUCCUUCGGGGAGUCCUUCGGGAGUCCUUCGGGGGUCCUCCUGGCCCGACGCCUCGACGCCACGCUGUGCCAGAGGCUGAUGACGAUGAUGAAUAAGGCAGAAGAGGCUUUAAGUGUUUAGUUAGUUGAAAUGACGACUUCGGUUUGAUUAAACUUUCUUAUAUUUUAGAAGACAAG